GUUCAGCUGGGUCUGGGAAUCCGGCUGAGGCCGGGGUUUUGGGUUUUUCGGUUGCUAGUCGCAGAGUUCGAGCGGUCAAGGGUGGGUGGUUUCGUAGCGGGAUCACCAGACGCGUGACGAAGAACGAUCGAGCAAGCAAUAAACGGAGAGAAGAGACUCGAGAGAAAAAGAGGAGAGACUAGAGUUACAAUUCCCAAGAAGUAUUACAUAGAGAGAAGAGUGUCACGCAGUAGUGUGUCGAGUGUCGUAGUGACGGUCGAGUGCUCGAUAUCUUUCUCCAGUUUAUCGAUCGAAGUUUAGAGAGCGAAGUCUCUUGUGCCUGAUUGUAAAUUGUCGCGGUCUGGAUCCUGUUUUCGUGCGUGCUUGGGACGGUUACUAAUAAGUGAGUCGCGUAUACAUAACGCAAUUAACGUUAACGACGACGUUAUUCAGGUAUAUUUGUCGUUGAGGCCCGGCACGGGUCUGAUUACUCGCGUCGGGUCCAAGGUACAGGUGCAAGGUGCGAGUGCGUGCAAGGUGAAGAAUUCGUGAUCGUUUUAGAAACACUGCACAAUGGACGGCAGCUCGAAGCAGCCGUCCACGGACGUCACAGCAAUGGAUGGUAGCGGCAACAACAAAAGCACCAACGGUGAUAAUAACCACAGGACAAAUAAUAACAAUCCUGAAAGUGAAACAGAAUCAUCAACUUCCUCGUCAUUAGCAGCGAGUGGUGAAUCGGAGUAUUGUGCGGCUGGAUCGAGUUCUGCGAUGGCCACGAUGACCACAAGUAGUGGCACCAGGAGUAGUAGUUUUGCCAUGCCUACCUCGAUCCCACCGUCACCACCAGGGUGUGGCUGUAUUGUUAUGGGUCCGCCAACAACUGACCCCGAGGAGAUCACCAUCAGCAUUACACCCACAACAGGCGGACAAUUUGAAUUAGUUGUCGAGCGCAAUGACACCAUCGAAAACCUCAAAAAGAUUAUUUCAAAACGGCUGAAGGUCGCUAAGGAACGUAUUUGUUUACUGCAUCGAGAAAGGCAGCUGCGUGAGGGCACACUCAAGGAAAACCAUCUCCAAGAUGGCAGUCGGUUGACGUUACUUCCCAGUGUAGAAACUGGUCUUAUGGGACAACGCCCAGAACAGAGUGUAAUGCAAGCGUUGGAGAGUCUCAAUGACUCACAGGUGAAUGACUUCUUAUCUGGCAAAGCACCACUGAAUUUGACGAUGCGCCUUGGCGACCAGAUGAUGUUGAUUCAGCUGCAACUUUCAACUGUAACUCCAGCAUCGCCACCUGCUACUUCUGUAGAUCCCUCUGCUGGUGUUGCCAUGUCAAGUAAUCCAGCAUCAUCAUCAUCAUCAUCAUCAUCACCGACGUCGUCGUCGUCAUCACCAUCAUCAUCAUUACCGUCAUCGUCGUCAUCGCCAUCAAUAUCAACUUCCUCUUCUUCGUCAUCGCCUUGUGAAAAUACCACACCCAGUUCCUCAAUUGGUAACUCGACGUCAUCGACGUCGAAAUCCAGUUUCGAUCCACUGUCUAUGUCCUCCUUACACAAGAAUUUGAGCGACCACCUCGUCCGAUCGAUGCGCAUCACCAAGCAGUAUGGGAACACACCCGCCGGAACUUCGGCGUUAUUAAGCAGCCUCGCCUCAGCAUUUCACGCUUGCUGCCGCAACAACCUCUCUACAGCUAUGACCACAACCAACCCAAGCGCCAGUGAACGCGUCGCAUCGUCACCCACCUCUUCGUCAACUUACUCGAGACCUUCUUCACCAUCAAUUGCUUCAAGAUUACGUUGGCACAAUCACCUGGUACACCUUCGACAUCGUCACAAUCAUCAUCACUAUCAUCAUCAUCACCAUCAUCAUCAUCAUUCAAGAAAAGAGCAAGCCUCUACAUCUUGUAAAUCCGUACAAACGUCUACCUCUUCACUCACAAGCCUUUCGGACCUCGCAUCAUCACCUACGACAAGUCAAGAUACAUCAUCGACACAUUGCACUCCACCAAAGAAAAAACUCUGCACUAUGGGCCAUCAUCAUUUACAAGCAGAUAUGACCAGAAGUCCUGACUGUGAUUCUAACCCACAAAGUCCAAGCAAUUCGAUUAUGGGUCUUUCCACAAGCAGCAAAGUUGCCUCUGCUACUCUUGACACUCGGGCUCUCGCUGAGGCAUCCCGAAACCUUACGCAGAAACUUAAACAGCUAUCCUCUGAGGUACUCACCUCGCGGGUCGACCUAGCCGAGGAAAACGCUAGACGUAGACAAGGAGCGAUAAUUGAGAGUAUGCAUCAUCAUGGGAAAGGCGUUUAUUCUGGUACUUUUAGUGGUACACUAAAUCCAGCUCUUCAGGAUCGACAUGGCCGACCUAAACGAGAUAUCAGUACCAUCAUUCACAUUCUCAAUGAUUUAUUAUGCGCAACUCCUGCUGCUAGUGCUAGUCAUUACAGGCAUCAUCAUCGACAUACCAGCAAUCGUCAACAAUCAUCAACGUCCUCUUCGAAUUCCACAAGCAUCCCUUGUGGUUCAAUAUCACCUAGCGGCAGCUAUCAAGAUUCUUCUACACCAGGAUACUCUAUGGAAGAGUUAUCAAGGGAAAAUGAAGCAACCAAGGGGAAAAUGCGACGGCUGCGCCUUGUGAUGGAACAACGACGAGCCAAGCGGAAAGCAAGGCGACAGGCUCGUGCCGCGCCUUAUACGACGCAGUGGGCGGCUCUUACUCCAGACCCAAAUCAUGAUCCAAACACAACGUCGGGGUCAAGUAGUGCAUCGGGCACUAAUCCUACAGAGCCACAAAAUGAACCUGAACUACAGCCUUGCAGUCCGGAACCUGUAGUGGCUUGAAAUCAGUGCGUACGCGCACAAGUAUCCUUACAUCAGUAGCUGGAUCAAUUGUAUCGUUCGUCCACUGCAGUUCAACUGCCUAAUAUGGCUUUCAACGUCUAUUUAAUCUUCAUCCCGCAUUCGACCCGGUCUAGCUGACAAUAAAAUGUUCAACUUUACCAGUUGUGUUGGUCAUCUAAUUCUCCUACUGUUCAUAUAAAUAUUCAAGUUAACAUCAACAUCCACACAGUAGAUAUAUUUUUCAUCAGGAAAGCGGUGAAUGCUGAUGUAUGAUUUGUAAGAAAAUAAAAGAGUGACACGUUACGAGCGAUGGAUUAUUAUUAAUAAAUUGGUGACUAUCAUUAAAUCAGUGCAAUGAUUAUUCCCCCUUCGAUACGAACCUUUAUGUCCGACAAUAAUUAUCACAAAUAAUGAUAAA